AUGGAUGAGAAAACUCUUAAAGAUUUUCUGAGCUGCCACGUUUGUUUAGAGACUUUCAAAGAUCCAGUGUCUCUGAGCUGCAGCCACAACUUCUGUUCAAGCUGCCUGAAAGAGUUCUGGGAACAAAAUAAAAGCAGAAACUGUCCCAUCUGUAAAAGAAAAUCUUCUAAAGAUCCUCUUGUGAACUUUUCACUGAAGGGAAUUGCCGACUCUUUGGCUGGAAGACAGACAGGUGGAUCGUCUGAGACUGAAAAAGAAGAAAAGAGGGAGGAGGAAGUUUGUAAGAAACACCCAGGAACAACUCCACUGUUCUGUAGAGACGAACAGAGAGCUGUGUGUCCUGUCUGUGAGUUUUCUCUGCACCAGAACCACAAAGUGGUUCCUGUAGAAGAAGCAGUCGGUGAGCUGAAGGAGCUGCUGAAAUCUGACUUAAAGUCUCUGCAGGACAAGAGGAACAAAUACAAACAAGUGGAGGAAACAUAUAAAGAUGUGGUUCAACACUCGGAGAAGCAGCUGCUGUCCACAGAGAAGCAGAUCAGAGCAGAGUUCAACAAACUCCAGCAGUUCCUGAAGGAGGAAGAGGAGUCCAGACUGGCAGCUCUGAGGGAGGAAGAGGAGCAGAAGGGGAGGAGGAUCAGCAGGGAGAGGAAGAGGAUCCAGGAGCAGAUCUCCUCUCUGUCAGACAGCAUCUCUGCUGUUGAAGAAGAGCUGCAGAAAGACAACAUGUCGUUCCUCAGCAGGUACAAACCCACUCGGGACAGAGCCAGAGAGCAGAGCUCAGUGUCAGAUCCACGGCUGCUCUCAGGAACUCUGGUAGACGAGGCCAAACACCUGGGAAACCUGGCCUUCAGAGUCUGGGAGAAGAUGGGGGACCAGGUCCACUUCAGCCCGCUGGUUCUGGACCCAAACACUGCAGGACGCUCUCUCUAUCUGUCUGCUGAUCUGACCAGUGUGAGGAAGGGAGAUACAUGGCAGCAGCUUCCUGAUAAUCCAGAGAGAAACGACAAGUAUGCCAGUGUUUUUGGUUCUGAGGGUUUGACCUCAGGGAAACACAGCUGGGAGGUGGAGGUGGGAGAUCAUCCUGACUGGAAUGUUGGUUUGGUUAAAGACUCCGUUGACAGGAAGAACAAGAGACAUUCUUCACCUGAAUAUGGAAUCUGGUGUUUAUGGCAUGGUGAUGGAAAAUACGCCAAUGGUGUUAGUGAGAUUGUCACGGUGGAGACGAGUCUCCGGAGGAUCAGAGUCCAGCUGGACUAUGAUGGGGGGACGGUUUCCUUCUACAACGCUGAAGACAUGACACACAUCUGCACUCACAGAGACACUUUCACUGAGAAACUCUUCCCUUAUUUCAAUGUUGGAAAGUCUGGUGAUGCAAAAACUUCUGAGAUCAGAAUCUGUCAGACAAGGAAAAGAUAAACCUGAGAUAAAGAAAAUAUAUGUACCGUAUUUUCCGCACUAUAAGGCGCACCUAAAAGCCUUUAAUUUCUCAAAAACCGGCAGUGCGCCUUAUCUGCAGUGUGC